CAUGAUGAUCCUCCGAGGACAGGUCUCCUGCGCGCUACUGUUCCUAUAGUAACUCGGUUAGAGAUCGUGCCGAAAUUGGGUCCGAUGCGUUUAUCGAAGGCUUCACGGGGCGACGUGAGUCUACGUGGUUUAAACGGAGAAUUUCCGAGUAUCAAUCAUGUAUAAGACACGCGAGAGGAUGCUCUCUACGUUAUUGCGUCAUAAGAGGAUCGUGAGGGGAAUUGCGAGCACUGCGAUGCGAAAGAAUCCGCACUACGUGCUGAGCUGCGUUUUCCUGGAGUAUCUGCACCGUAGAUUCCAAGGGUUGUCCAGGCAAGAUCUCGAGUGGACCACGUUGCCGGACACGGCUUUGAGACGUAUACUGGACGAUCCGGAAGUCACGUGUAACGAAUACGUCGAUUGUGACUCUUGCGCGGUGGCGAACGUACAAGGGCUUUUGGGGAAACCGCCGAAUUCCGCCUGGUUCAACGUAUGCUCGAUGGCGUCAAUGACGAAAUAUAAAUUAACGAUUGUAUCCGUGUCGGAUAUCGCUGAGAACACUGUCUUGAUUUCCGAAACGACGGAGCGCAAUCUGCGAAACGCCCUUCGCUGCGAACAAUUGGACGGCUCGUGUUUCAUACUACCGUUGGAGGACGACGCGGUCGAGUUUGCGAGCGAGGCGAGGAUAUCCUUAAUCGCCAAUCCGUUCGAGUGCGCGACCGACACGCUGGACGUCAUGCUGCAAAAUUACUUCCUACAUCCCCGAUUUCUGCACGUGAACGACACGUUCAGGAUCGACGCGAAGGAACAUGCCGAGGAUCAAUUUUAUUCAUCGGGUUCCUCGGGGAUCUCCGCGAUGUAUUUUACAGUUAGAGCGUUGAAAGUGAAUCGCGACGGGCGCAGCAGUAGCGUCAACAGUUGCUACGUUGUGCGCGGAGAGUCAACGCUCAUUCAGGAGGCGCAGGUUCACGAUUAUAUUCCUCGGGAACGCGCUUGCUCGCUUCCCGAUAGCGCACUUUUACGGCGAAACGGAGUGGCGCGAAGAUCGCCUGAUCACAGAUAUCCGUCGGCCUUAACGGAACCCUUGGAACAUUUAGAAUCUUGCAUCGCGCCGUUUUUAAAAAAUGACGUCCGAUUGAAUGUGAGGCCAGUGUUUCUCGUGAAAGGACCACGGGGUUGCGGUAAGCACGAGUUAGCUCGGGCAGCGUCCAAGAGAAUGGGAUUGCACUUCCUCGCCGUUGACUUCGCGGAAGUGCAGACUUUAACGUCGGUGCAGACCGAAGCUAAGCUUCGCAUAAUGCUGCAAAAUGCGCAACAAUGCGUGCCAUGUACAUUGUAUUUAAAUAACGUUCAAGUAUUCGGCAAGACUGCCGAGGGCCAAAAGGACGAGAGGGUCAUCUCCACCUUCUCGGCAGAAAUCGCCGCGUUGUACAACAGACGCCGGAAAUUUCCCCUGAUUAUCGUAGCCGCGUCGGACGAGACCGAUCUACCCGCGGAACUGCAACGGAUAUUUAUCGAGACGAUUUACGUGAAACAUUUAAAUCAGAGCAAACGAGCAGAACUAAUAUCUUGGCUGCUGUCCAACAGGAAUCUGACGACUACCGCAGAUCUGUCGAAAGUAGCUGGUCUUUGCUCGGAUUUUACAUUCGUGGAUCUAUUAGCGUUGUCACUGCACGCAGCUAAAUUCCGGUGCAGAUCAACGUCGCGCGAUCAGAAAUGCACGCUUCCAUUGGAACAAGAAGAUUUCGAUCGGGCUUACGAAUACAUGCAGUCCGUGUACUCCGACAGUAAAGGCGCGCCACGCGUGCCGGAAGUUCACUGGGAGGAUAUAGGCGGUUUGGCGGAAUUGAAGCACGAGAUUAUUCGCAGAAUUCAGCUACCUCUAUUGAACGCUUUCGGUUUUGGAAAAUCUGGACUACUAUUAUACGGCCCGCCCGGCACUGGGAAGACUCUUCUCGCUAAAGCAGUGGCGACCGAGUAUCAGAUGCACUUUUUGUCGAUCAAAGGCCCCGAGGUCCUAAACAUGUACGUCGGUCAGAGCGAGAAGAACGUGAGGCAAAUUUUCGAGCGCGCGCGUUCCGCGGCCCCUUGCAUCGUCUUCUUCGACGAACUGGACUCGCUGGCGCCCAAUCGAGGCAGAAGCGGAGACAGCGGCGGCGUGAUGGACCGCGUGGUUUCCCAAUUACUCGCAGAGAUGGAUGGCCUCGAGGAGUCCGGCAGUAUAUUCAUCAUAGGAGCUACGAAUAGGCCCGAUCUCAUAGAUCCCGCGCUACUCCGACCGGGACGAUUCGACAAGAUGCUCUACGUCGGUAUUCACUCGGACCGCACGUCCAAGCUCAGCGUCCUGCAGGCGCAAACACGUAAAUUCGAGUUGCGAGAAAGCGGACGGGAAUUGGAACAGGUCGUGGAUCGAUUGCCCAACAAUGUCACCGGCGCGGACUUGUACUCGGUCUCUUCCAACGCGUGGCUCAACGCCGUGCGCGAGGUGCUCGCGAAGCAUCAGGAAACCGAGGAAACCAACAAGGAUCUCCACGUCGAAGAGGAAGGUGUAAUUAAGGACAAUGUUAUUGUGGAAUUACGCCAUUUUUCAGAUGCAAUUCGCGACUUGAUACCGUCAGUUACCGACGAAGAGAUAGAAAGAUAUAACAGAAUGCGAGUAGAAUUAUCAUCGUCGUAAUUCCGGAAUCGUUUAUAAGGUAUAGUACAAAAUAUAUUUCUAGUUUUUUCAGGGUUUCUCUGUCGACUACAGAUUUGAUAUUUUAAAUGGGAAAUAAUGGAUCAAAUUAAUUCUCUGCGACGAUAGACUUGCGCUGCGUUAAAAAUUGUGUGCCAAAGUUUUUAAGUUUCAUAGAACACAUUGUAUACGCACGAGUAGAAUACGUAACGAGUGGUUUGGCUGUAAAAAGGUACAAUCUCGUAAUGAAACAACGCGCGAUGUUAUAAACGACAUGUUAUUUUAUUUCGAGAAGUAUGUAAAACAAUUUUUACAGCGAAUAAUUAAAACGAAGGAGUC